AUGAGUAUUUUAAAAAUAAUAUUUUUUUUAAAAUUUGGUCUUAUAUUUGCUUUAAAAACAAUUCACUUAGGAUUUUUAUUUCCAUUGAAUUCAAUUAGUUUAUUUAAUUUGACUAGUUUCAAUUUGUCUGGUGGUGUUGUAUCUCUUGCUUUAGAAAAAAUAAAAGAAGAACAACUUCUUCCAAAUUAUGAAUUUAUAUUUUCUACAAAAUUUGAUGAAUGUAUCAAUUCAAAAGUUUCUGCUAAAACAUAUGAGCUUAUAAAAAAUGGUGUUGAUGUAAUUUUUGGUCCAUCAUGCAGUAAAGCAUCAACUAUGGCAUAUUUUAAUGUAAAAUUUUAUAAUAAAGUACAAAUUGGAUGGGGGAUUCAAUCAUAUAGUAAUAUAGAAAAUACUAAAAAGUUUCCAAAUUUACUUAAUAUUAAUCCUUUAAUAACAUCAACAUUUAUAGCAUUAUUUGAUUUUUUAAAACAUUUUAAAUGGAAUAGAUUAUCAUUUAUUUCUGCAUCAAAUGAUAUUGGAAGAUGUUCAAAUAUUUUAUUAAGUUUUAAAAAUUUUAUUCAAAAAAGUAAUUCAGAUAUGUAUAUAACUUUAACAUAUAUAACAUCAAAUCCUCCAUCAAAAAAAGAUUAUGAAUAUUUUUUAAAUAGUAUUCAAGAUAAGUCAAGAAUUGUCUUAAUUUGUUUUGAUAGUAAUAUAUGGAGAAGACAAUUUUAUCUUACAAUAUUUGAUAUGAAAUUAAAUAUUAAUGAGUAUGUUUUUAUUAAUAUUGAAAAUAUGUAUUCAGAUUUUAAUACAUUUAAUUUUAAUAAAAAUGGUAAAAUGUAUAAAUUUUAUGAAGAUACUAACAUUCCAAAUGAUGGAAGAGAUAAUGAUGCUAAAGAAAUUGCACAACAUAGUUUUUUUAUUGAUCUAGAACAAACUGUAUUUUUAAAUUAUAGUUAUAUGAAACAAAUAUUAAAAAAAAUAGAAAAUUAUCCAUUUUAUUGUAAAACAUGUAAUGUUGAUAAAUAUAAUUCAUUAUCAAUUUUUGCACCAAGUUUGUAUAAUGCUAUUUAUAUGUGGUCUAAAAUAUUGAAUACUACUUUAACUAUAUAUGGAGAUAAAGCAUUAGAUGAUCCUUCAUUAUAUAGAAAACACUGUAAAGGAACAUAUAAAAGUAUUUUUAGUGAAUUUUCACAAGAUGAUAAUUGUUUUAAUAAUGCUAAUUUAUUUAUUACUGGUUUAAAUAAUGAUGGAACAACUACAAAAUAUUUUCAAUAUUUAUUUUCUUCAUCAAAUACAUUUUCAAAAUAUAUAUUAAUAUCUGAUUAUGAAAAUAAAAUGUUUAAAAAAUGGAAUAAUUAUAUUCCUUUAACUGUUCCAGAAUGUGGACUUAAUAAAGAUAAAUGUAUUAAAUCAUUUAUUACAAAUAAUAAGGCAUGGUUUAUUGUAAUUUGUAUUAUAUGUAUUAUUAUUAUUAUCACUAUAAUCAUAUUUUUUUUCAUAUAUUAUUUUUAUUUAUUUCAAAAAAAUAAUAAAAAAAAUUUUGAUACAUGGAAACUUAAUCCUAAUAACAUGACAAGAAUUGAUAAUGAAAAUUUUAAAAAUGAAAUUUUAGGUUCAUUUCAUUCAACAUCAAUUUCAAUAAAUAGUAAUUCAUGUUUUCGAGGAAAAAAAGAAACAAAUAAGUAUUUUUAUGGUUAUUACGAUGGUAUACCAAUUGUUGGAAGAAAACAUUCAAUAAAAUUUGUUUAUGAAAAAGCAAUAAAAAAUGAAACAAAAGAAUGUUUUUUUUUGGAACAUGAAAAUGUAAAUAGAUUUAUUGGAAUGUCCCUUGAACCAGGCCAUAUUUAUUCAAUAUGGAAAUAUUGUAAUAGAGGUAGUUUAUUUGAUAUAAUUGAAAGUGAUAAUUCUAUUCUUGAUACUUUUUUUUGUAAUAAUAUGAUAACAGAUUUAUUGGCAGGAUUAAUUUAUAUACAUAAUAGUUCAAUCAAAUUUCAUGGUACAUUAACAUCAAAAAAAUGCAUGAUAAGCGAUCAUUGGCAAUUAAAAAUAAGUGAUUUUAAUACAAAAAUUGUUAGAUGUAAAGAUAAAGUUUCAACACUUGAUAAACUUUGGAUGUCACCUGAAAUGUUAAAAUCAGAAGAAUAUAUUGGAAAUACUGAAGGAGAUAUUUAUAGUUUAGGUAUAAUUGCUUCUGAAAUAUUUACAAAAAAGCAUCCAUGGGAUUAUAAUAAUCGCAAAGAAAGUUUAGAAGAAUUGAUUUAUUUAAUAAAAAAAGGUGGUUCAAAUUCAAUAAAACCUGAUAUAAAAAUUGCAGACGGAUUAAUUUUUAAUGCUUCAGCAAUAUCAUUAUGUAAAGAAUGUUGGAAAGAGAACCCACAAGAAAGACCAGUACUAAAAAAUAUUAUAACAUUACAUAAACAAUUUUCUGCAUCGAAAACAAAAAAUUUAAUGGAUCAUGUAUUUUCUAAUCUUGAAAAUUAUGCACAAAAAUUAAAAAAUGAAGUUGAUGAAAGAAGUAAAGAAAUUCAGGAAGAACAAAAAAAAUCUGAUCUUUUAUUAAAAAAAAUGCUUCCACCACAAAUUGCUGAUAAAUUAAAAUUAGGUAUAUCUGUACCACCAGAAGAUUUUGAUAAUGUAACAAUACUUUUUUCUGAUAUUGUUAAAUUUACCAAUUUAUCACAUAAAUGUAGUCCUUUUCAAGUAGUAAAUAUACUUAAUGAACUUUUUUCACAAUUUGAUAAUAUUAUAGAAAAUUUAGAUGUUUAUAAAGUUGAAACUAUAGGUGAUGGAUAUUUAUGUGUAUCUGGAUUACCUAAUCGUAAUGGAAAUAAUCAUGUUGUUGAAAUUGCUAAACUAUCAUUAGGAUUUAUGGAAAUAUGUGAAAAUUUUAAAAUUUUACAUUUACCAAAUGAAAAAAUAACUUUAAGAAUUGGUUGUAAUACAGGUCCAUGUACUGCUGGAGUAGUAGGAUUAUCUAUGCCACGUUAUUGUUUGUUUGGUGAUACAGUUAAUACUGCUUCCAGAAUGGAAAGUAAUGGUAAACCAGGAAGAAUACAUACAACAGAAUCUUUUUAUUGUCUAUUAUCAACUUUCGGUAAUUUUAUAAUGGAACAUAGAGGUGAAAUUAUUAUAAAAGGAAAAGGUGUAAUGAAUACAUAUUGGUUAAAUGGAAUGACUGGAUCCAGUAUACGUGUUAUAAAAUUGGGUUUUUUAUUCCCUUUGCAUUCAUCAGUAUUAUAUAACAUUUCUGGAUUCAAUCUUUCAGCUGGUGCUAUACCAAUUGCUAUUGAUAAAAUAAAAAAAGAACAAAUUUUACCAAAUUUUAAUUUUUCAUUUAAUGUUUUAUUUGACGAAUGUGAUCCAAUAAAAGCUAUUGGAGAAACUGAUAUAUUUGUUAAAAAUAAUAUAGAUAUUGUUUUUGGUCCAACAUGUAGUAUUUCUGCAACAAAAUCUAGCCUUCAUCUAACAUUUUAUAAUAAACCUACAUUUACCUGGGGAAUAUCUGCAAAUAGUGCAUUUAAAGAUACUAAACGUCUACCUAAUUUAAUAACAAUAAAUCCACUUAUUUCUCCAAUAAUUAUAGCACUUCUAGAUAUUCUUAAAACAUUUAAUUGGUGGAAUAUUGCAUUAAUAUCAACAACAAAUAAUUUAGGUAGAUGUUCUAAUAUUAGAAAAGGAAUAGAAAAUGAAAUUCAAACUGAUACAUCAUAUUUAUCAGUUAAAGUUUCUUAUGAAACAAAUAUCCCUCCAAAUGAAAAUGAAUAUGAUGUAUUUUUAGAUGAUGUUAAAAAAAAUGCUCGUAUUAUAAUUGGCUGUUUUGAUAGUGAUUAUUGGAGAAGGAAAUUUUUACUUAAAAUGUUUGAUCAUCAGAUGAAUAAUAGUGAAUAUGUUUUAAUAAAUUUUGAAAAUAGAAAUUCAAAUUUUAUGCAAUAUAAUUUUGAUAAAAGUGGCACAAGAAGAUUAUUAACUUAUGAAGAUGUUAAUAUUCCUAAUGAUGGAAGAGAUGAAGAUGCUUAUAAAAUUGCUAAAUAUACUUUAUUUAUAGAUUUAGUUACCUCACCAGAUUUAGAACUUGAAUUUCUUAAAAAUGUUCUUAAUAAAGUAGAAGGAUGGCCUUUUUAUUGUAAAACAUGUAAUACAUCAUCAUAUAUGUUUCCAUCUAUAUUUGCACCUUAUCUUCAUGAUAGUAUAUAUUUAUGGGCAAAAAUAUUAAAUAAAACUUAUAAUAUUUAUGGUGAAAAAGCAUUAAUAGAUGGAUCUUUAUAUAGAAAAUAUUGUAAAGGUACAUAUCAUGGAAUUGUUGGAACAUUUACUUAUGAUGAUAAUUGUUUUCGAACUGCAGAAGUUGAAUUAACUGGAUUAAGUGGUAAACUUAAUAUUACAUCAUAUAUAAAAUAUAAAUUUUCAAGUUUAUUAAAUUUUACUAAAGAAAAUCUUGUAAGUGAUUUAAAGACAACACUCUUUAAAACAUGGGGAAAUGAAAUUGUACCUAACAUUCCAAAAUGUGGAUAUUUAAAUAAUAAAUGUUUUAUAAAUUUUAUUGAAAAUAACAAAGUUUUAUUUAUAAUAAUUUGUGUAAUUAUAUCUAUUAUAAUUAUAAUUUUACUUUUAAUAACUAUUCAUAUUUUUUUAAUAUAUAGAAAACGUAAAAAAAAUGAAUCAUUACAAUGGAAAAUACCAUUUAGUUAUUUAGAAAAAUUUGAAAAAAAUAAUAGUUUAAAUCAAAGUAUGGUUUCAUUUCAAUCAGGAGUAACAUCUAAUAGUAGUCAUAUAAUAUUUAAAAACAAAAUAGAAUCAUCUAAAUAUAUAUAUGCAUUUUAUAAUAAUCAACCUGUUGUUGGAGAAAAACAUACAUCCAAUAAUGUCAAUGUAAAAGAAAUACAAAAAGAAUUAAAUUAUAUUUUAGCAUUUGAUCAUAAAAAUAUAAAUAAAUAUUAUGGAAUGUGUAUAGAUAUUGGGAAAAUAAUAUCUAUAUGGAAAUAUUCUGAAAGAGGAAGUUUAUUUGAUUUUUUACAAAUGGAUAGUUCUAUAAUUGAUACAUUUUUUUGUAAUAAUAUGUUAACUGAUUUAUUAGAAGGAUUAAAUUAUAUACAUAAUAGUCCAAUAAAUUAUCAUGGAUUUUUAUCAUCAAAAAAAUGUAUGAUAAGUAAUCAUUGGCAAUUAAAAAUAUCUAAUUUUGAUGGUAAAAUUGUAAGAGUUAAUGACAAUAUAUCAUCUAUUGAUAAACUUUGGAUGUCACCUGAAAUAUUAAGAUCAGAAGAAUAUAUUGGAAGUGUUGAGGGAGAUAUUUAUAGUUUAGGUAUAAUUGCAUCAGAACUUUUUACUAAAUCACAACCAUGGAAUUAUUGUAAUCGUAAAGAAAGUGUUGAUGAAAUUAUUUAUCUUGUUAAAAAAGGUGGUGAAAAUAUUUUUAGACCAGAAAUACAUGUAGCAGAAGGAUUAGAUAUAUUUUCAACAGCAUUAGAUUUAUGUCGAGAAUGUUGGAGAGAAAAUAAGAAUGAACGGCCUAAACUUAAAAACAUUAUAACAUUACAUAAACAUUUUUCGAUAUCAAAAGCAAAAAAUUUAAUGGAUCAUGUCUUUUUUACCUUAGAAGAUUGUGCACAAAAAUUAAAAAAUGAAGUUGAUGAAAGAAGUAAAGAAAUUCAAGAAGAACAAAAAAAAUCUGAUCUUUUAUUAAAAAAAAUGCUUCCACCACAAAUUGCUGAUAAAUUAAAAUUAGGUAUAUCUGUACCACCAGAAGAUUUUGAUAAUGUAACAAUACUUUUUUCUGAUAUUGUUAAAUUUACUAAUUUAUCACAUAAAUGUAGUCCUUUUCAAGUAGUAAAUAUACUUAAUGAACUUUUUUCACAAUUUGAUAAUAUUAUAGAAAAUUUAGAUGUUUAUAAAGUUGAAACUAUAGGUGAUGGAUAUUUAUGUGUAUCUGGAUUACCUAAUCGUAAUGGAAAUAAUCAUGUUGUUGAAAUUGCUAAACUAUCAUUAGGAUUUAUGGAAAUAUGUGAAAAUUUUAAAAUUUUACAUUUACCAAAUGAAAAAAUAACUUUAAGAAUUGGUUGUAAUACAGGUCCAUGUACUGCUGGAGUAGUAGGAUUAUCUAUGCCACGUUAUUGUUUGUUUGGUGAUACAGUUAAUACUGCUUCCAGAAUGGAAAGUAAUGGUAAACCAGGAAGAAUACAUACAACAGAAUCUUUUUAUUGUCUAUUAUCAACUUUCGGUAAUUUUAUAAUGGAACAUAGAGGUGAAAUUAUUAUAAAAGGAAAAGGUGUAAUGAAUACAUAUUGGUUAAAUGGAAAAAACUAG